AUGGCAUGGAGAGGACAACUUUCUAAGAAUCUGAAAGAGCUUAGGAUUCUUCUAUGUCAAUCUUCUCCUUCAAGUUCAACUACUAGAACAUUUAUAGAGAAGAAUUACAAGGAUCUCAAAACCCUUAACCCAAAACUCCCAAUCCUCAUCCGUGAAUGCAAUGGAAUCGAGCCUCAGUUAUGGGCUAGAUAUGAUUUUGGUGUUGAGAGGGGAGUUCGGUUGGAAGGUUUAGGUGAGGCACAGAUCUUGAAGGCCCUAGAAGAGCUUGGGAAAGUGGGUGCAUCACUUAAAGGUUGA